AUGGGUCCUCCACGCCGAAAGCUGCAGGCGACUGUGGAGGACACGCUUACUCCGCCUGAAUCGAUCCCCGCAUCUCAGUGUAUUGCCCAGAUUGUUGGUGCCAAAGGCAAGAACCUCUAUCAAGUUAGGACGGGAGCUCUGCAGGUAUUGCUGGUUGAGCUUGAGGCUAAAUUCCGCUCAACGAUAUGGCUCAAGCGUGGAGGAUACGUUCUGAUCGACACAUCAACUCUAGCUGACCGGGACAACAAGAUCAAUGGCGAGAUCGUGAACGUCGUUCGAGAUGAGAAGGCCUGGCGCAAGGCAUCAUUCUGGCCCGAAGCAUUCGCCAAGAAGAGCGCCAGUCUUGACAGCGAUGAGGACGAGUCGACGGUCGGGAAAAUGCCGCCAUCUGAUGACGAAGACGAACAGCGGUGA